ACGUCUCCGCCUUCACAGUUCAGUUCACACUUCACAGAUCACAGUGCGCAGCCAUCAUGGCUCCUGCUUUCUUUCCAAUUAUGCUACAAGGUUCUGAUAUUGAAUGGCGAUUUUGUUGACUUUCAAAGAUUAUCUCUUUAUUUGAUUUCUUCCAUUUUGAUAUUGGGGCGGAUGGACCUUAAGAGGGUAGGUUUUAAUUAAAUGUAGUUGGGCCCCCAACAAAAUGAGACAAGAGGCCCCUCUUCAGACUUCAGUUCAGUCUUCUACUCUUCUACUCUUCUUCAUCAACUGCGACCAGCGACCUCACAAAGAUUCACAUCACUUCUUCUCUUCUUCUUCUUCAUCGUUGCGACGGAGUCACGGUCCUCACGGAGACUGACCGACUGUGCUGGUGCUGCUGUGCUGUCUGCGACUCUGCUGUGCGACUGCCGGAGCCGGAUCGACGAAACCCUAGCGGCCUAGCCGACUGACCGAGACCGACUGUGCUGCUGUGCGCCUGUGCCUCUUGGUUCGAGUUUCGACUGUGGAUGCGGCUGGAAUUGGAGACUUGGAGUCACCGGAUUGAAGCAAAUAAUUUGGCUUCUUACAGAAUUCAAAGUAGACUCAAUUAAGAACCUCGCAGAGAGUUCACCUUACUCGGCACCCCAAGAUUUGAGGCAGAUCCUUUCCUUGAUUUUUCAGCUCUUGGAAAAUCUCUGCUUCUUCAAUCUUCAUAUUUGCAAAGAAGAGUGGGAGAUAUAAUGUUGGGAAUAAACCUGUUCAAGCGAAUUCCAGAGAUCAUACGUGAAUCUCAGCGCCGUCGAUUUGCCAAUGUAGAGAUUGUUGAUAAAAUUAUUAAACUUUAUGAAGAAUGGAAAACUCAUCAAUUCGAGCUGGAACAGUUCCGAAAAGAUUUCAACAAGAUCAACAAGGAAGUCGCCAGACUCAGAAUUGCAGGAGAGGAUGCAAGUUCAUUGAUUAAAGAUACAGAGGAAAACAAGCAAUUGACUGCAAAGAAAGAAGCACAGGUUCAGGAGGCCCGAAGAGCAUUGCAUUCAAAUCUGGAUUUGGUUGGAAAUAUUGUUCAUGAUUCUGUUCCAGUUAGCAAUGAUGAGGCAGACAACGAGAUAGUUCGGAGUUGGGGGGAGAAGAGGGAGGAGGCGAACCUGAGAAAUCAUGUGGAGCUUGUUGAACUUCUUGGAAUGGCAGAGCUGAAAAGAGGUGCUAAUGUUGCUGGUGGUAGAGGAUAUUAUUUGAAAGGAGAUGGAGUACGUCUUAAUCAAGCUCUUGUAAACUUUGGUCUAAAUUUUUUGGAGAAAAAGGGUUACACUUUGUUGCAGACUCCAUUCUUCAUGAGGAAAGAUGUGAUGGCCAAGUGUGCUCAAUUAGCGCAAUUUGAUGAAGAACUUUACAAGGUAACCGGUGAGGGAGAUGAUAAGUAUUUGAUUGCUACUGCUGAACAACCACUUUGCGCUUAUCACAUGGAUGAUUGGAUCCAUCCAACACAGCUACCAUUAAGAUAUGCCGCGUAUUCGUCUUGCUUUCGUAAAGAAGCUGGUUCACAUGGUCGUGACACUCUUGGGAUUUUUCGGGUUCAUCAGUUUGAAAAAUUGGAACAAUUCUGCUUAACCAGCCCAAAUGGCAAUGAUUCUUGGGACAUGCAUGAGGAAAUGAUGAGAAACUCGGAGGAGUUCUACCAGAUGCUGAAACUUCCCUAUCAAGUAGUGUCUGUAGUCUCUGGUGCCUUAAAUGAUGCUGCAGCGAAGAAGUAUGAUCUUGAAGCAUGGUUUCCUGCAUCCAGCACCUACAGAGAGCUCGUGUCGUGCUCUAACUGCACUGAUUACCAAUCAAGAAAACUGGAGAUCAGAUAUGGACAAAAGAAGAGUAAUGAGGAGACCAAGCAAUACUGUCAUUUAUUAAAUGCUACCCUUACAGCAACAGAGAGGACUAUGUGCUGUAUCCUUGAGAACUACCAAAAGGAUGACGGUGUUGAAGUGCCAAAAGUGUUGCAGGGAUUUAUGGGUGGCAAGACUUUCCUGCCUUUCCAGUUCUCUCCUACCAAAGCGAAGAAAUCAAAGGCGUAAUCGUUUCAUUCUCUAUGCUUAGAUUUGAAGCGUCAAUGUGGGAUAAAGUGACUGAAAUCAAGGACUAAGCUGGAAAGAAGAGGGGUAAGAGAAACCCCUGAAAGUAGUUCUGUCGAUUUGGAAAAUGAUGUUCGUACUUUCAAUUCUGGCAGCUCAUGCCGUCAUCAUUCUAAGAAGAUUCAGUUUCCUUGAAAUAAUACCUGAUCGAUAGGAUUAAGGCUGCUGAUUAUGUACAAUUGUAGCUAAUAUGGAUUCAUGUAGAAGAUGAUCUGCUAUAAAUGCUGACUACCUAUAUAGUGAGAAGCGUACUAUUAAGGUAUUUCCCUUCAGGUAAUUAAACAUUUGCCUUACAUAUUCAUAUGUGAAUAUGUGACUGCAUAAACUGAAAUGUAGGUUUUAUGCUGAUAU